CGCUCGUCCCUCCCUCGGGCGACAGCCGCCUUUAUAACUGCUCGGCGCCGUGAGGGCGGGAUCGAUCACUUCCGCGGGGUCCCCAGCAUCCAGAGAACCAGUGCGGCCUCGAACGCGCGGGACACAGAGCGAGUGCAAGCGCGAAAGCCGAGGCACAGGGGUCACAAUGGCCAUACCCCCUCGUGGUUGCCGCAAGAACCUGGACCCCAGGUACCACAGACUCUGUGAUUUAGAUGAAAUUUGGGGCAUCGUCCUGGAAGCAGUGGCUGCAGUCGGGGCUGUGACCUCGGUGGCCUUCAUGCUAGCUCUCCUGAUCCUGGUCUGCAAGGUGCAGGACUCCAACAGGCGGAAGGUGCUCCCGGUCCAGUUUCUCUUCCUCCUGGGUGUGCUGGGGAUCUUUGGCCUCACCUUUGCCUUCAUCAUCACACUGGACAGAAGCACGGGGCCCACGCGCUUCUUCCUCUUCGGUGUCCUCUUCUCCCUCUGUUUCUCCUGCCUCCUGGCUCACGCUCUCAACUUGAUGAAGCUGGUGCGCGGGUGGAAGCCGCUGUCCAUGAAAGUGAUGCUGGGCCUGGCUGUGGGCUUCAGCCUGGUGCAGGACAUCAUCGCCAUCGAGUAUGUCGUCCUCACCAUGAACAGGACCAAUACUGAAGUCUUCGUGGAGCUUUCUCCCCCUCGGCGCAAUGAGGACUUUGUCAUGCUGCUCAUCUUCGUCCUCUUCUUGAUGGUGCUGACCUUCCUCACAUCCUGCUUCACCUUCUGUGGACCCUUCACUGGCUGGAAGAGACAUGGGUCCCACAUCUACCUCACCACGCUUCUCUCCAUUGCCAUCUGGGUGGCCUGGAUCACCUUGCUCUUGAUCACCCCUACUCCUGGCCCCGAGUGGGAUGAUACCAUCCUCAGCUCAGCCUUGGUGGCCAACGGCUGGGUUUUCCUGUUGGUUUAUGUUGCACCUGAGUUUCAUCUGCUCACGAAGCAACAGAACCCCAUGGAUUACCCUGUUGAGGAUGCUUUUUGUAAACCUCAAUUCAUGAAGCAGAGCUAUGGUGUGGAGAACAGAGCCUACACUCAAGAAGAAAUCACACAAGGUCUUGAAGAGAUAGGGGAUACCGUCUACGCCCCUUAUACCACCCAUUUUCAGCUGCAGAAUCGGACCUCCCAAAAGGAUUUCUCCAUCCCGCGGGCCCAGACUCGGGUCAGCCCUUACAAUGACUACGAAGGGAGGAAAGACGGCAGUUAGCUGUUCUGAAGAGCGGGAAUGGACACAAGUCAGCAGAACUAAUGGGGAGUUCGAAGGGAUGUGGGCAAAAUCCGGAGUCUUCUAAGGAAACCACGCAAAACAUUACGGGCAGACGUGGCCUCCCCGCCAGCCUUAACCGCUAUUCUGUUCUGGGGUUGCUGGGGCAAGGAGGACUCCGGUUCUUAGCAGCGCUGUAGGUUUUUCCUUUGUUCCAUACUUAGGAUGCUUCUUAUAAGUGGGAGUAUCAGGCAACUCAGGGUUAGCCUCUGACUAUUCCCUGUCACAUUACUUGUGACUAAAGCUCUGGUCCUCUAACUGCGUGCUCGCUCAUUCAACUUCCACAGCCAGCGCUCAACACUGGUUUCUAAGAAUUGCUUGGCCCGGGGCAGACUGCGAAUCUGAGCAAAACUAGCAAAGACCUCUCAGCCCCUCCCUGCCUGAAUCUACACUGGAAGCCAGCUACCGGGACCCUUCCUUCGUGUCUGGGUAGGAGAGCUAAAGGUCACCUUAAAUGGACUCAUCUCUGUUGUGCUGCCUAACACAGCGCCUCUGUGGGUCUCCAGCACCAAUUCACAGGUCCCUAACCUCUCCUUGUAUCAUUCCCAAACUUGCCGUCCAUCUCCCUACUAAUCUUCCCUGUAUCUUUUACCAGGAGUUUUCCUUCUGGACCUCACCGGUGUGGACAAGCCCAAUUUCUCUUUGCCCAGAGAAUUGGUGCACUGUUCUUUCUAGAAAUCCCUGGCACUGGUUCAGAUCCCAGCCUCUGUAACUAGAUUUGCACUGUGUUCACCUCCUGCGUUCUGUAAGCGGGCAUUGUCUACGGAUGGGGAGCGUUCCUUGUAUAAUAAGCUAUUCACCGUUCUUUACCUGGAGAUGCAAUAAA